AUGUACCAAAAGUAUGACGAAAGCAAUGAGCAGCAGCAGCAGCACCAGGUGUUUGCCGCGCCACCGCAAGUGCAGUUCAACUCGUCACGCUCGAACAUGCUCGAGGUUCCCGGGCUGAAGCGAACGAAACUACGGCGACCUCAAUCACAGAGUGCAUUGGAGAUACCCCUUCACCUUGGACAGAAGAACGUUCAAGGUCAAUUAGAUACAGGCAUCGCACCUACGGCACCGCUCUAUGCUCAUCUUGAUUCCGCUGAAGAUGCCCCAGGACAGUCGUCUCAAGCACAUAUCAGCAUGCUAUAUCCUAAGCAGGCAUUGCUUCGGUAUAGUCCACCGACUUCUCCUCUUGUACACUUGGAUAUGUAUCCACCAUCAAACCCUGUUCCGACGCUACCCAAUGCAUGUGGUGCGAGCGUCCAGCGUGUAUCAUCACUCAAGGCGCGACAACAAGGACAACGACAUGAAAUCAAACCAAAGAUGCUGGACGAGGCAUUCACCCCUCGCGGGUUCUUCCCGGACCCUGCUCUACGACGGUUGUUUGAGCUCAUCCUGUCGACUCAGUUCUACAAGGAUGAGUUACUCGAGCCCAUGCUCGGUACACCUGAAGCCGAUGCGGUCCUGGAACAAAUUCGCCAUGUUGCUCCUCACGACCCACGGUUUGCACCGGGGGAUCCUUCGUCGGCUGACACGACGGCUGCGGAGAAUGCGGAUAGAGAUACUCAGUCCAUCUAUGUGCUAUUUUACAGAGAAAAAUCAUUGCUUGGUCUGUGGGAAGAAGAUGGAUCAGAGUGGGCGUGCAUUGGGUCACGUUCGGUCAGAUAUCAACCACAGGCCGUAUCACUGCACAUGCGACAAGUGCCGAAACGGGAACAAGUGAGUCCAUUCGAACUCGAAGGAAGUAAUCCUUAA